UGCGCAAAGUAGCCUUAUCGCGCGUGCCCUGGAGCUCGUGCUGCUGUGCUUUGUCUCGCUUAGCUUCGCCUUGCCAGUGGUGUUCCUGUGGCCACGCUUUGGUUCGUCUCGCCAGACGCGCCAUGCCUAGCCUGCCUUGGAUCUGUCCGGUCCUCAGCCACCGCCGCCGCGUGGCCCUGAUUUGCCUGCAGUCUCGCCGCCGCCUUACCCACUCGGAGCCCCCGCAUCGGCGGGCUGUGUCCGGCCCGGAAAUGGUGGUUGGAUUUGUUGUGAUUUUUACGACCUUCUUAACACCGGGUGCCUAUGUAUUAAGCAAUCUGAGCCAGUUCAGAAGAGAGUAAAUGAAGAUGUUGAGCAGCUGUUAAUGCUCAAAAAGCUUUCAGAAGAAGCUGUUUUCAUUAAAUGAACAAAAGUGCUGAAUUGGGUUGAUGAUGUAACCAUU